AUGUCUACAAAUACGGCGGGAGCCGUGGCAUCUGAUCAGGCCUGGAAGAACAGGGAGCAGGGCGCUGAGGCGGCCCACGCUCACUCGAAGGAGCAGGAGCAGCUUCAAGCGAUCCGGGCACGGCAAGAGGCGGACGCGCAGGCUGCGACGGAGUCGCGCCGCCAGGAUCAGCCUCAUGAGGGCGGCUACGGAGGGCAGGAGGAUCUUGAGGAUCGCUACGCGACGACAAGUGGAGAGCACUAG